UGACGUACAGCCCUCGAGUAUAUAAUAUUGUUUGGUCAAUGAACAGCCGUUUACGCUUGUGUGACUCUUUCCCAAUUCUUUUCUACGCUAGGCCGAAAUGCGAAUAUUUACGGGACUCUUUUCUAUGUCUGCAUUCAAAGGUACUUGGUGGCUUCAAGAACGGUGCCACCAUAGUGGAACUUCCUCGCCUUGUGGUUCUCGAAGAAAUUGCACCGCUUUGCGUUUGUCCUUGCUACUUCCCUAUGCUCCAUAUAUUCUUUCUCUGAUUUAUCGAACUUUCCAAACUCUUUGUGCGGGAAAUGGUGGGCACAAGUUUCCGCAACAUGCAGUCCAUUGCUUACCGACAUUAACGUUAAGAAGCGAAGUGGUUUAACCGCUUUCUUGAAUUCCUCUUCAAAGAUGGAAAAUAUCUCAUUUUACUUACGCCAUGAGCAUUCCGCAUGGCUUACCACCCAGCUAGCGACAACUCUGACACUGGAGGUAGCAACUUGAACCCUGCGGUCUAACACACUCGGGGACGCCUUGGAAGGCUGCAGUAGAGCUCCCGCCAUCUCAUGUUGCAACGAGAUCCUUCAGGCCGACUUUAGGCACAUGAAAUGUCCUUGCUCUAAUCUAGUGCUGACGGCUACCCUGUGGUCGUAUCUAAGUUGGGUACUGAAAGCCCUUUUCCCCCUGCCGUUGACGUCAUGAGCUUUGGUGUCGACAACAGCAGAUCCUUGCAAGGACCCUGCUCAAUCCAUGUUCACAUCUGAGAUAUGUUACUAGUACUUCGGUUUGUGUUAUUCCCAGUACCUGGUGGGCACCGAACAACGCACCCCCGCCCUGAAUAUCCACUGAUCCAGCCCUCACGAGGUACUAUGUAGAUCGUCGGGAUACUAUAAAAGGAUAAUUGUGGAGUAUGCUUGGGAUCGUCGACUUGAUCGCAAGGCUCUGGUCUGCAGUCUCACGAUCGAGUAUAGAUCAGAACUUGAUGAUGAAGCAUAGGUUUGAGAUGCAAAAUCUGAAAAUUGACAAAGACAAGUUUUUAGUAUUAGCUCGGAGUACCUACAAGAACCGGUGCGUAUCACUCUAGUAGUGUGAGCCCGU